GUAAAGGCGUGGCCUAUCACGUUUGUGGCAGUUACCUGAAAGCAAUAAGAUUAAAAGGACGCUGCUGGCGGCGUCCACUUUAAUCUACACAAAAGAAAACAAAGAUGGUGGAACAAACAAGACGGCCGAGUCGUGUCGUCUCUCUCCAGGCUGGACCUGGUGACGUGGACCCUGGCACCCUGUUUGACGUUAACCUCAGAGUCAGUGACAGGAGAGCUCGUGCUAUUGCCCGCCAGCUGGCUGCAGUUGGAGACCAGCUGGACUGGGAGUGGACCAGCAGACAGCCAAACAGGCUACCAACUCUUCUACACAUGCUGAGACCCGCUCAGGCACUGACCAGGACCAUCUAUCGGGACAUGCACAGCCAGUUAUGGGCCUUCCAGGGUCUCUCUGCUGCAGUGAAGGACUGGGUAGUGAGCACUGCACCUGGGCAGGCUAUCCUCAGACCUGAUGCCUUGACAGCCUGGGUGUCCAGUUUUAAACCAAUCACCUGCACUGGCUGGACCAGAGGAGCCCUCGUGACUGUGGCACUGGUGGCUGCAGUGAGCCUCUUCGGUGCACUGUGGAUGCAAUGGAAAGCCUGAAAGGCCAUAAGCAGGUCUUUUUGGCCCUUAUAUAUUUGACAAAAAAAUGUUUGCAAAUGAGUGACAAUUAUUGCUAACUGAUUUGUUUCUGCUGUUUACUUUGACUUCUCUUUUUAUACUAUUUUAAUGAGCCGUAUUGUAAGAUGACACUGAAGUCAGUAAAAAAUACUGUAACUUGUUCGGAGCACACGGAUAUCGUUAAAAUCUGUUUCACAAAAGUGCCCAGCGAGUUGGCCAGCAUACUGUAGCAGUGACAUUGUUUCAGACAUUGUGUCAGAAGCAUGUUUCCAUGAUUGGACUGUUGCUGGCCUGCAGUCUUUUGUAUCCAGAUUAGUUUCUUACUGGUUUAAGAGGCCAACUUUUUUUUACAGAUAAUAUGUAGCCUGGCUUAAUAGAAAAUGAAGGGAGCUGGUCUUUCUGUUGCAGAUUUGAAACUGCUUUUCACGUGAUGCAAAAUAAAAUUCAUAAUGACAAAA